AUGCCGGUAAUUGAUAUCAGCAGUAAUGCGGGGUCAGCCGAGAAAAGAACCAGGUUGUCACAUGUUGGCGAACUGGAGUUUCAAUCCCAACCUUCAGAAAGAAGUAAACUGGUUGGGCCAGAAAACUCUUUUGAGAUUGAGGACGAACGGCUUGUCUCCUCUGUUAUUACGAAUAGUGUAUUUCCGGCUAAUGUGAACCAAGUUCUCAACGGCCAAGUUGAUGCACCAAAUCAGAUAAACGGUGGACCCUCACAAAGAGUUAACGACAAUAUCAGAAAUAUCGAUUUGAUUUUCAAGCCAACUCCUCAACAGAAACCAGUUAGUAGUGGAUCUUUUAUUUUGGAAUACAACGUCUCCUCCCAACGAAAAUCGAAAAAAGACCGACUAAGGCCAACGAACGAUGAUAAUAUGGAAGGUAGAGAUUCUUCCCUAGUAAGUUCAUCAUAUACGAAUAUUUCUCUGGAAACAACACCAACUGUAGCUACUGUUGAACCCAAAGCUAAUAAGAAUCUCCGCUUUAUGCCGUCCCUGCCAUUUUUAGAUUAUGGGUCUACGCAAUCUCCCACGGAAAACAGCGGUUUGAAUUCCGGCCUGCCUUCUCAAAACUUUAGUCAUACGAAUUCCAGAGUAUAUGCCAAUACAAUCACGCAUAUGGAUACUGGAAUACCUAAUGGACAUUUUAUCAUCCAAAGUCGUCCAUCAGGUAGGGCGGAUUCAGAACUGGGCACCCCGGCUGACCAACCAACACCUAAACUGGGCCGAGGGAUUGAUGACGAGGACAUUGCACUUUCACCACCACGGUUUAUUCCUGAGUUGAGUGCUUUGGAUUCAUUGAAUAGAUUACUUGAAGAAGAUACAUUCCUGCAAGAUCAACAAUUCAUUGACGACUUUAUAAUUAGUGAGCACGCAUUUUCCAAUCCCAACCCUUCCAACACUAAUCAUCAGUCUUACAGGAAUGCUCUUCUCCAGGUGCCAGCAAGAAAUAUUCAUAACGGUUCUAGCUAUGUGUCCAGGGCGUUAACUGCCCAUACUAACAGGAGGCUGGUGGAAUCGCUGUUAAAUGGUCGGAAAUCAAAUGCUGGAUCGACUCUAACUGAUGAUUCUGUUACCACUCCAAGUGAUACUGGUACUGAAGAAAGUGAUGGAACAAGUGACAUCGUUACGAUACCUCGAGGGCUGACCCCUCUACCUGAUAUCUUAAUUCAAGUUCCUGUAUAUCGCGAUUUGUUCUAUCACUUCGUUGACGUAACUGCUGAUGCCUUAGUUCCAGUUCCUCAACUUUAUAAUAACAACCCCUUCAAAAUAGUCCUGCCCCGCCUGGCCCUCAACACUCCACAUAUCUUAUCAUUGAUAAUAGCAUAUGCAGCAACCCAUCGUGCCAAAAUAUUGCAUCAACCGGAACCAGUUGAGAUGAUUGGCAAACUUCUUGAAAGAACUUUUGAUGGUUUGACACACUCUCUAGAAAAUGAGAGAGAAGCACUCAGUGAUACAACAUUGGCAACUGCUAUUAUGCUAAGCUCAUAUUCUAUUAUAUCAUCAGCUGCAGAAGAGUCUUGGAAAACGCACCUCCAUGGCGCUCGAGAGAUCGUAGUUGCACGAGGCAUUGCUAGCAGUUUAUCGGGUGGCAUCCUCACCGGUUCACAAGAAAAUAUAGGUUCAUAUACCCCGGCGGCUAUUCCGAACAGCAAUAACAAGUCAUAUGGUCCGCAACCUUUACGUGUGAUACACGAGGAUGUCUCUAAUAAUGAGGUAAUUUCAUUCCUUAUACGCGUGUUUGCUUAUAUUGAUGUUAUUGGCGCACUUAGUUCUAGCAGUGCGUCAUCUGUUUUGACAAAUAAUGAGCAAGUGUCUCAAUUGUGGAGCAUACCAAACUGGAACCUUUCACAGCAAAGGCAUUAUAGUCAGGAUCUCUACGGUAAACCUAUCAGUACCUCAACCCCACUGGGUACAUUGAUGAAUGGUGACCCAGACAUUGACUUUCUUCUGGGUAUAGAUCUCAAUUUAAUCCCAGUUCUUUCAAAAGUGUCGAGCUUAGCGAAGCGAAGAAGGAUUCUUGAGCAAAAUCCUCAUGAGUUUACUCUGGAUGCGUAUAAUGCUGAAAAUUCAGAUCUUCUUUCGGAAGGUCUUGAACUUAGUAAGAUUUUGAUAUCGUGCUGCUCCUCUGGCGAGUUGCGGCGCAAAGAGCGUAUUAAGCAAGGGUCCAAUCUUAUAAACCAACAUGAACACACUCUUUUGCUCCAAUUAGCAACUAUGAAUCUUACUUUUGGCUAUUCCGGACUGAUCCACUUGUACCGUCGGGUAUUGAAGCUGACUACCGACUCGGCUCCUGUACAAGAACUUGUGACUAUGAUCACCGACCUCCUUGAUCAAAACAUACCUAUUGGAAGCUCUAUCGAGGCAUGCAUGAGCUUUCCCAUUUUCACGACGGCAUGUGAGGUCACUGACCCCGAGGUGCGAGAUCGUUACCGAGAACGUAUGAAUAGCAUGCAAAGGUUUGGUUUUGGCCAAGUUAGCAGAGCUCAGCAGUUAAUGGAAGAAUGCUGGGCACGCAAUGAGCCCUGGACAGGUAUUAUGGAUGACCUUGGAUGGGGCCUCGUUUUGGCAUGA